CUGUGUGUGGUUAAUUGUUAUAUAGACUUACGUGUACACAUAAAAGAAAAAUUAAGAUACUAGACAAAAAUUCAGUAAUAGCUUAUUUUUUUUUAUUUUUAUUUAACCAUCAAUGUGGGUCUUCUAUCGAUAAAUAAGCGAAGUAAAGAAAGGAAAAGUCGGUUGAUUAUAGUACAAUUAAUUAGUAUCGAAAAGAGGAACCAAUAAACAUAAUAAAAAUUUUUUAUAAAAUAAAAAAAAUAAACGGGUAAAAAAACUUUUGCAAAAAAAAAAGAAAAUUAAUUCCACUAAUAAGAACAAGAGCGAAAGGAAUUGCCUUUAUUAGAGGUCUUUGUCAAACCUAUUGCAGAAAAAACGUGGUUUAGUAAUACCUGUCUCUUUUUAGCAAAUAUGGAGUGUAGGUGUUUUUUUAUUUUGCAUUCAAAUUUUAUUCGUGCUGUUUAGAAGACGUGAAUUAUUCGUAAAACGCUGAAAACACGUAACGCUGCUGAGAAGUGGAGUAGAAAAAAAAAAUUAGAAAGUAAUAGUAGAAGGCAAAGACUGAUAAAAGCUACAAUAUAAUAAUAAUCAAAAAGAGGGAAAUUUAAAGUAAAGCGAAAAAAUUCACUUUGUUUAAAGUUUUAAAAAAGUCGAAAAGAAUUUUGCAAAUAAAGAGAUAUCUUCCUUUCCUAAGCUGCGGUGAAAAAGAAAAUUGUGUGCAAAGGAGUGCGUGUGCGAGUUUUUAAAACAAAAAAAAAACAAAAAAAUACAAAAACCCGAAAAAAGCAAAGCUAAAAGUCUAGACACCAUUCUCAACUAUAGAAACGAGCCAGCAACUGCAACAACAGCACCAACAACCGUAAACCUAAAAUGUCGACACCCGCUCGCAGACGUCUUAUGAGAGAUUUCAAAAGACUUCAAGAGGAUCCACCAACCGGUGUUUCGGGAGCGCCUACAGAUAAUAAUAUUAUGAUAUGGAAUGCUGUGAUUUUUGGUCCACAUGACACGCCAUUCGAGGAUGGUACAUUUAAGCUAACAAUAGAAUUUACGGAAGAAUAUCCCAAUAAGCCGCCAACAGUGAGGUUUGUCUCGAAAGUAUUUCAUCCAAAUGUUUAUGCCGAUGGAGGCAUUUGCUUGGAUAUAUUACAAAAUAGAUGGAGUCCCACAUAUGAUGUCUCAGCAAUAUUGACGUCUAUACAGUCAUUAUUGAGUGAUCCAAAUCCAAAUUCGCCAGCUAAUUCUACAGCUGCCCAGUUGUACAAAGAGAAUCGUCGGGAAUAUGAGAAACGAGUGAAAGCUUGUGUUGAGCAGAGUUUUAUCGAUUAGCCAUUCGCCGCUGCCAUUGUUCUCGUCGUUAUCGUCGUUUGUAUUACAUUCAAAUUUAACGGUAAUGUGGAAAAGACGGUCUCAGAAAAAGUGUCAGCAGCAUUAACACUAGCAGCUACCUACCCUUAUCAUUUGCUGUGAGCAGAUCCUUUUGACGCCUUUUCAAAUCUAUAAAAUCCCUAUUUUCCUCCCACCUUAUAAUUAUUGUCAAAAAGCCAAAACUCCACACGCAACCAAUCCUAUAACAACUGUCUUUCUCAUAUAUCUAUCUUAUUUUUUUUUUUCGUAAACAGCAACAAUAAUAAAAUAUUAAUGAUAUUUAAAGAACAGCAACAAAAAAU